CAGAGCCUCAGUGCUCUGAGGCAUGUACAUUGAUUUACUCAAAACCUGGGUGAGCUAGAAGAGCACCGGCUAGCUGACUUCUUACAAAGCCCACGAUGCUCGCUUCUGAAUGCUCGACUCCGGUGGCCCGUGGUCGCUUCCUUGCUCUACCCAGCAGAAUCACGACUUCCGGAAAGUUGCCUUCUGCUGCUUCUUCUUCUUCUUCCUCUCCCUACUUUCGUCCUCUUAGAUACGCAGUGCUCGGCGCUGGUUUUGCUGGGCUCUCCGUCGUUUGGCAUCUGUUGAAGCACAGUUCUGAGGGGUUGAAUCUGAGGAUUGAUAUUUUUGAUGAAGUGGGAAUCGGAGGAGGUGCCUCCGGAGUUUCUGGGGGUCUCCUUCACCCUUAUUCUCCUAAAGCUAAGCUUCUUUGGAGGGGUGCUGAGUGUUGGAAAGAGUGUUUGAUGCUUUUGAGUAUUGCAGAAAGGGCUGCUUUUUCCGAGGAAUCAAACUUUGAACUUGGACAACCUGGUCAAUGUUUUGACAGCUUUAUAGUUAGGAGAAGAGGCCUUUUGAGACCAGCAACAAGCAUGAAGAAUUUGAAUGUGUUGCUUGAUAAUGCUCAGAAUUGCGUUGCCAGUUGCAGAAUAGAGACCAUUGGUAAGGAAACUGCCCAAAAACUUGUACCUAACAUAUGUCUACCAUUCAACUCAGCCUUUUACAUGCCUCAAGCUGUAAAUGUCCAUCCACUGCAUUAUCUUCAGGCACUCUUUGUAGCGUGCAAAAAUCUAGUGAAAGAACUGUCCACUUCUAGCCAUGGGCUAAAGGAGCUAUACUUGCAUAAGAAAUCUGUUCAAAAACUUAUUGAAUUUGAAGGUGAGUAUGAUGCGGUGAUAAUAUGUCUAGGUGCCAAAGCAGACAUGCUACCAGAGCUCUCUGGGAGGCUUCCUUUGAGGACAUGUAGAGGUGUCAUCGCCCACCUGCAGCUGCCUGGUAAUAUUAGGGAAGAAUAUGCAGACCAUGCCCCUUCAAUAUUGUCGGAUGCAUGGUUUGCUGUCCAGGGGACCCGCAGUUUACUAAUGGGUUCAACAUGGGAAUGGAAAUCAAGAAACUCUUCUCCAAAUGUCUCAGCAGAUGAAGCUUCUAGAGCUCUUGAAGAGCUCCUACCCAAGGUUUCUGCUUUUUACCCAGGAAUAAAGGAUUGGACUUUUACUGGAGCAAAGGCAGGUUUGAGGGCAAUGCCACCACAAACUCCCCAAGGAUCACUUCCGCUUUUGGGCUGUGUCAAUGAUUUUGUUGGUGACAAUUGUAUCUGUAAAUACUGGUUAUUUGGUGGACUGGGUUCACGGGGUUUGUUGUACCAUGCUCGGCUUGGGAAUUUGAUGGCACAAGCUGUGCUUUCCUGUAAUGAAGAACUAAUUCCUACUGAACUGACCUCUUGGAAGAAUAUAAAUCAGUAGUUGAAUGCAAUCUGGAUUUCGCUUGUUUUGGUGCAAAACUUUGAAUAUCUCAACAUAGUUCAGGUAAAUGUAGCCCUUUAACUUUCUUCAUCCUUGCUUUAUCUGCUGUAGCAGAAAGUAGAUGAUUAAGAAUCUUUUUGCCACUGCAAAGUGGGGACUAGUACAGUGCUUCAGAAUGCAAAUCUUUAACAAAUCCUGGAUGAGAAGGUUGAUAGCAGGCAAGUUACUAAGAGAGCCUUUCACACCUAUGGAAAUCCAAACUCACUAUGUUUUGGUCAAGAUUUAAUGCUUCUCAUUUCUGAAAAAAAAAAAAUGAAAGAAGAAGAGAGAGAUCAAUGCUAUUCAGCGGUCAGUUCCUCUGCUCUUUUGAGCUGCUGAAAGAACAGCAGGGGCACAGUAGCUUAAUAGUAGUGGGUAGAAGCAGUUAUUUUCAGUUUAUACUUUUCUUUAUAAACCUACCUUCAUUCGGGAUAGUUUUCUGUAUUAAUGGAAGUUGUUUGCUAUGUUAUGAAUAUUCAGUUGUAUUUAAGGUUGUUUAAUGAAAUUAGCAAGUUGAAUUUA